AUGCAGAAACCAUUCGUUGAUCAUCUAGUCGAUCUACAUCCGUCGAUCAUCAAAUUGAUAUUCGGAAACAUUCCUGAUGUAUUCUUGCACACAUACAUUGAUAAUCCAUUGAUUGGAAGUUAUGCCAUUGACAUGCUAUUUAACAAGGUCACAAUUGGUACUAGUGAUUCUUUGGAUAUUAACGACCUAGCUAUGCAUUUCCCAGUUGGUAACGAAUCACUUUUGAUGACUGAAUUUUCGGAAGCUGUUUUCAUCGCCCCCCACGAGAUUAAGUUUCAAAACGUCUACCAGUUUCUAAGUUUUAUUGAUAACCAUCCGAAUCUGAAACCAAAGAUUAUAGACUUUCACAAUUUAAACGACGUUCUAGCUGUUCAUGUGGCAUAUCCAGAAAUAUUGAAAUCUGCAGAGAUACAUGUUGAUGAUGUGAAGGGUAGUCAUGCAGAGAAAGCGAUCUUGAACCUACCUUACAAGUUCACCAAAUUGGGAUACGUGGGAAAAAUUGAUUAUACACUUCCGAGCACUCUUAGAGAUAUAGAGAUACUUCGCACGGAGCUACUUGAACAUCCUGGUUAUUAUGAAGACCUUCAAACUUUGACGAUUCGCAAGCCCUUGAAAUUAGAAGAGUUGCUUUACAUCCCACCCAAGUUGCAAUCUUUGAGUAUGGAUUUGGUGUGGACUGGUGGGCCAUGCAAGAAUAAGUUUCCUACAUCCUUGCAAUCUUUGGAGUUAGAGUUAGAAUUUCUGGGCCGUUUCACUGAAUGGGACUUGUCGUACUUAACAAACCUUAAGUCUUUCACGUCUUUGAGAAAGACAAUACCUUUAUCAAAACUCCAUUUGCCUAAGCUGAUUAUAAACUUGUGUAUUAGCACAGAUGAUUCACGGAAUGACACUUUCAGUCAAUUUUUCAACCUCAAAUCGUUAUAUGUUUGUACAUUUUAUGAAGAUAUUCUUAAAGGAAUUCCAUUUCCUAAUAGCCUAAGAUUAUUACAUAUUGAUAUAAUGACAUCUGCACUACGAAUGUUCCCAGAAGAAGUUAGCCUUGGAAAGAACUUUAAAGUUCCCCCACGUCUCAUUUACCUUAAGAUCGAUGGCCAAUAUGUGAGAUUUGAGCAUGACGAGAUUAGAUUUCCCCCUUCAUUAUAUUUUGUGGACCUUGUGGGAUCUAGUAAUUCUUGGGGUAUCUGGUCAAGAUCGAAUUUGCCUACUAAUGUUUUGAAAUUUACUAUCUCGCAGAGCCUCAUACAUGGAGCUGUCCUUCCAGAGUCUUUGACCACUUUAACAUUGAAAGGAGGUCAUUUGAAUUAUUUAGAAAAGUUUGAUUUCAAAAAUUUGAGUAAUUUAGUGAGUUUUAGCAUAUAUCAUGCAAUUUUUGGAGAUCUUGACCAUCUGUUUGGUGACCAUUUGAGACAUAUAAGCUUGGAAGGUUCUUAUUUUCUGAAAAUCAGGAUUGUUGCUCCGAGAUUAAAAAUACUCGUUCUAUCUAGGUGUACGAUAGAUAACUAUGGCUCAAGCUUCAUAGUACCUAAUUCCAUCACACAAUUGGAGAUGCGCGGUAACAGUUUUACGCUGUUGCUUGGAGAGGAUGAUUCAAUGUUUUGCUCUGAUCGAGACUUUCCAUGUAUGAAUGCAAAGAAUAUGACUCUACCAAAAUCUGUGAAGAGUUUCAAUGGAGACUAUGGCUUUGUUACAUCCGAAAUUCUUCGAACUUGGAAUCUUCAAAGUGGCUACACAGCUUUAACAAAUAUGACAUUGAGCAGGAAUAAGUUAACUAAAAUAGAAUCGCAUUUGCCUUAUACAUUGAAGACUCUUGAUUUAAGUGGUAAUCCCAUAAUUAUUUCUAACCUGGCAUUUUUUAAGUGCUUUUCAAAUUUAGAGAAACUAGGUCUUGCUUGUGUUGGUCUCGAUAAAUACCUUUCUCAAAGAAAGAAACUCGAGUUCCCUGAUUCCAUGGUUGAGUUGGAUCUACGCGGAAAUAAUCUUGACAAUGAAUCGUUUAAAUAUGUAAAGUUAUCCAACUGUAGACGCUUAAGGUUUAUCGCCUUGUUUCAGAAUCCACGUUGCAACACUGCAAUGAUCAUUCGUGAGUUGCAAGAAAAUUGUCCCUUGCUUUCACGUCUAAAUAGCACCACAUAG